AACCGAACCAUACGAGAUCACAUGUCCUUCCACAUAAAUCCACUUCCCACCACCUGCUUUCACAUGUUAUGUAUUUCUAUAAAUAUACAAAACCCUAAAAUCUAGAGAGAGAAAGAGAAGGGAUAAGGUGAGGAAUUUCUACUUUCAAAAGCUUGUGUCUUUGAUUUGUAUUUGAUGCUAUAGUUAUUGGGUUUUUGGAGUUAUUAAUUGGGUAAGCCAGAAAAUUCGAAAAAGAUGAUUAUGGUGGCGGUGCUGGCGGAGCUGAUGGAGGAGUACACGGUGUUGCUGGCGAGGGUUUUGGAGCAUUUGUUUUAUUCCGCGCCUUUUCCGAGGAGGGUUCGGUUUCUGAUCCUCAGGAAUCUUCCGUUUGCUUCUUCCUACCCGCAUCAUCCUCCUCCACCUCUGGUUGGAGCCCCUGCCGCUUAAACCAUUCAAGAACAAGGCUUCUUUCUUGUUUAGCAUAUAAGGGUUCCUCGGUUAAUUUUCUUUUUCUUUUUCUUUUUCUUUUUCUAAUGUUCUUUACGGAAAUCUGAUUUUGUGUAAAUAUUUGGAGUUAUUUUAACAACGUUGGCGUAAAUUUGAUUGCUUGUUGAUGGAUAGAUGAAUGGCAACUGUGCUUUGGUCG